CCCCAGCCUUCAAGCAACAAGAAACCAGACGCCAUAUGUGUUCGAGAGCAUUCAUCUCUCAUUCUAUGCAGAUUUAUCAAGGCCGACCCUGGCAUGGGGCCGAACAAUGAAACACUUAACAGCCCUCCUUCACUUCUACAAAAUGAAAUACCAAUGGAUCCACCACAACGACACAUCAUUCAAGAUCCAAGAUAUACAAGGUGCCACAGAUCUCCUGCCAACCCUGGGGCUACACCAGGACUCCAUGUCCCAUGCAGGACCAAGCCACACAGCCACGCUACCAACAGCACGGGACCCUACAAAAGUGACACAGUUCGUCCCCAGACAUGCUGGAGCAAAAGCCUCCACA